CUUGAUUCUCGCCACCACAGGAUGGGACUGCAAGGUACUGUGCACCGGAUGCGAUUGCUCAAAUCGAUUGAUAUCACCAGACCUCGGCUCAUUUUAAUUCGAGGCUGUCAAGAUUCCUGCUCAAAAAAAAGUUUUGUUCUUCUGCAGCAGGAUUAUCAGCACUUGUGCGAGUGACUUCCAGCAUGGCAUAUCCUCAAAAUAUCUUCACCAACACUACACUCCCUUCACCCAGUUUCAUCAGCCGAAGACGUGAAGUCAUCUAUGCCAAUACUUUACUGUAUCAAUUGAAUGUUUUGAAGACGACUGGUCGAUAUGAUGCAUUCAAGUUGCAAUGGCAUCAGUCAUACAGCGAUGCCCCAGAUGUGCCACCAAUCCCAAAUCACUUAUUCUGGGACUCGGACGUUGCCAAAUGGAUCGAGGGGGCCUGUUAUUUUCUUCAAUGGAAGGAAAACCCAGAGAUAGAAGCAGCCAUAAAAGAGUUGGUUGAUAUGAUCAGAGCUGCACAGCAGCCAGACGGAUAUCUGAACAUCCACUUCACGGUCGUUGAACCAGAGAAGCGAUUUUCAAAUCUCCGAGAUCUUCAUGAGCUGUACAAUGCUGGGCACUUGAUUGAGGGAGCGUUGGCGCAUAGCCAUCACUACCAGAAUGAUUUCCUUAUGGAGCCAAUCCUCAUAUACGUUGACUUGCUGUGUCGUACAUUCGGACCAGCUCCAGACCAGAAACAUGGAUACCCAGGUCAUCCAGAAAUUGAAUUAGCUCUGCUUCGCCUCUACGAGAAGACGAAAGAUCCAAAGCAUUUAGCUCUUGCCACCUAUUUCAUCGAAGAGCGCGGUAAUCCGAAGGGUCAAGACGGCCAACAUUACUAUGAUGUCGAGGCUGAAGCAAGGGGAGACAAGGAAAAUGAAAGACCAGUAUACAUGCCAAAACCUCGAAGCUAUUGGUAUCAGCAAGCACACGAGCCAAUAGUUGACCAACAAACGAUAGAGGGGCAUUCGGUACGAGCCAUGUAUUUGCUGACAGCCUGCGCGGAUCUUCUCCGUGUCGAAAAUACGAAGCGCGAAAACCUACGGACGGCCGUAGAGCGACUGUGGACCAAUAUGGUUGACAAGAAAAUGUACUUGACAGGUGGAAUUGGAGCUCAGAAGCAAUGGGAGGGCUUUGGGAUCGAUUACUUUCUGCCCUCAAGCACAGACGAAGGAGGAUGCUACGCUGAGACAUGUGCAGGAAUUGGUGUCAUGAUGCUUGCUGAGAGACUUCUUCAGUUGGAUCUGAACGGAAAAUAUGCCGACAUCAUGGAGCUCUGUUUCUACAAUGCAGUAAUGACAGGAAUGUCAGCAAGUGGGAAGCAAUUUACUUAUGUCAAUCAGCUCGCAUCCACCGACACAGACUUAUCGAAGCGAGCUGAGUGGUUUACUUGUGCCUGCUGUCCACCAAAUGUGACUAGACUUCUAGGAUAUAUUGGCGGAUACCUCUGGACUUUCAAUAAUGAUGAGCCAGACACGUUGCAGGUCAAUGUCCACAUGUACUCUUCGGCUCAAUUAUCCAUUCCCGUUGGAAACAAAGUCGUGGAAUUAGAACAGAAAUCAAAUUGGCCGUGGGAAGGGAGAGUUGAGUUCGCUCUUCGAAAUGCUUCUGAGAUAAAAUCCACAAUCAAACUCCGAAUCCCGAGCUGGGCAGAUGAAUGGCGGUUUGUACCAAAUGCUCCUGAUCAAAAGCUUGAGCAGGGUUACUUGACUCUGCCGCCAGACUGGCUGAAGAAAAACUCCUCAUUCGUGCUGGAAGUACCCCUGAAGCCACGAUUUGUUACGCCUCAUCCAUACACGAAUCAAGAUAUCUUAGCCCUUGCACGCGGACCUCUGAUAUAUUGCUUGGAGGAUAUCGACAACCCGUGGGUCACGGACCAUUUCAAAAGCCUUGUCUUGGAUCCAACAAGUACUAUCGAAGAGACGAAUGUAUCCGCAGAAGAGAUGGGAGAACCAUAUGUCGCUUUGGCUGUGAAUACUAUCCCGUCCAUCCUUGAGGUCGGCACAGAACUCAGUCCACACAUCGAACUCAGUGCCAUCAAGCAGGAGACAGGCAUGACUUCUGACAAGCUACAUUUUAUCCCGUAUGCGCUUCGAGAUAAUCGUGGAGGCAAGGGCCACAUGCGCGUGGGUAUUCGUAAAAAGAGAUAGUGUUAUGAAUAUGAUAGAAUACUCGUUCCUCUCAUGGCGAACCUGACUUCAGUGUUUUGUGCAGUAGGUGGUGGCUGACUGCAGCUGUGAUCUAGGCCCUGUGAGGUCUCCACGUGAACCUCCAUCGCUGUGGUUGGCAGUUCCAUGAUGGUUUGGAUGAAAGUUCGUGUGGAUGGGAUUCACACUCGAUGACUGCGGGUAUCUGGUCGAACACUGCAGUAAAUUAUGGAGUCAAUCAGGCACCUGUCACUGGAUUGUGCUAUAGGGG